ACCAUGGCAAGGUACUCGGGGACGCCGCCAGACAGCUCAGGCAACGCUGGGCCGCCGGAUACCGAUAGCGGGCGUCCUGAGGACAUCGCAGCGCCUGGUAUAGGAGGUACCGGGGAGGGCGGCACCCCGGGUCGCGUCGCCUGAGAAUUCGGAGAGACGGCGAAGUCGGCAUCUUCUGCUUCUUCGGGGGCACGGCGCCAUCCGGGUAUAUCAUUCCGUCGCACGCGAUGAACACCAGGACCGCACCGCGGGGGCACGCCGUCAGGCGCCCUGCAUAACAGGCUCGUGCGCGAGAGCGUCUCACGUCCCUGCUUCUUCCCCUCUCGCCACCGUCAACAUGCCCGAAGUCGACCUCAAGACCGCCGCCGGUCCCGUCAAGAUGCAGUACUUUGUCGCGACGCCGACGGACAGUAACGCGCGCGACAUCGAUCGCUCAAAGCCGACGAUACUGUUCAUUCACUCGGUCUUCAUUGGGGCGGAGAUCUUUGUCGCGCAGUUCACGGACCCCGGCCUGCGCCAAUGUAACCUGGUCGCCCCCAUGCUUCCCGGGCAUGGCACGACCCAGAGUCCGCCACUGACCGAGGACUACACCCAUCAGGCUAUGGCGGAGGACAUGGCACUAUUCCUGGAUGCGCUCUCGAUUCCCUCAUGUCAUGUCGUCGGUCUUGCGGUUGGCGCGAAUGUCGGCAUGGAGCUCGCCGUCCUGCAUCCAGAGAAGGUCAUCUCCCUCACGUUGUGCUCUCCCCUCGCUUUGAAAGAGUCGGAAGGCAACGUCGAAGCACGCCAGGAGAUAAUGCACUACUGGUUCGACGCCUUCAAGGACGCGAUCCCCGACAUGUCUCUCAUCAACGACGCGCUCUACGGUUCUGAACAAAUGACGUUUAGCAACCGCUACUCCGACGUGCGCUCCGUUCGCGCCGUCACGCAGUCCUCCGUCAACUACGCGUCCAGCAACUGGGCACCCGAGCCAGACAAGCUUCGCAGUGCUGCCGUCAUCGUAAACCAGUGGCAUUCGUCGCGCCCGCGUUCCGGCAGCGAAGCAUGGCAGAGGUUCUUUGCUCGCCAGAUUCGUCAGCCCGUGCAGAUCAUCCACUUCGACGACGAUGUGCCGUACCCUCUGCCCGUGCGCCAGGAGAUCCUCGACGAGUUCCGCGCCGCUGGAAGGGAGGUCCCAAUGCAUCAAGUGCAGGGGACCUGCUACGGCGUCCUGGUUAGCGCCGAAGACGUCAAUCCUCUCAUCUACCGCUUCAUCGCGUCGCAUACGGAGCCGCCUUUGCCCUCAACUCCUCCAAGAGGGAGUGUUCACGCCUUCGACUCGCCCUUUGACCAGCGGCUUGCAGAGUGCGUCUCGUCGCAGAACCUGAGCGACGAUGAAGAUUUCGACGACGAUUUCACUAUCAUCUAGGUUACUCCCCGAGGACGACGCGCACGACUACGACUAGGCGCGACUCGCGCAGGCCACGCCUGUCCGAGGCCGCGCGGUCCCAACGGCUAGUGCUUCUACCUCGCGUCGUCCCCCUCACAAAUCCUCCACCUCUACCCCAUUUCGCUAGACUACCCGACGGAUGUACAGACGGACUCUCGGAUCUCAAAAGGCCUGGCCGCGACGCCACUUUGCUAUCAAGCUGCGUAUUUCCCUUGUACUAUGUUUCCCCUUGCAUCAUAGCCCUUAUACUACCACCGUGCGACCAUCUUUUCCUGUGUCUAGCUAGUUCUCAUACGAUAUCCCGCCCUUAUGUUGAUAGUCGUAUCUCGAGUCGGACGCCUGCUCUCGCUUUGCAAAUCAACAUGCUAUCCUGCAGUCUUUUGCAUCAUC